AUGGACAUAUCCACGGUUGUGACUUCGAUCCUGGCUGCCUUUGGGAAUGGGAGGGACCUCUUCAAUCGCGUCCAGCAAAAGAAGGAUCUCAAAAGAACGGGAACGGAUAAAUCCAAGCGAAAUCUAAGAACCCACGGCUCCCGAAAGAAAAAGCGAAGGAAUACAAAUGAUGCGGCGGUUCCCGUUCGAAGCGAAGAUAUCGAUGAUCUGCGAAUCCAGGCAUCAUUGGAAAGGGGACCUGCUGAAAUCAAGAGGGAGUAUGAUCAAAGCGUGCAAAGAUUAGGGGAACGCUUCAAAAAGGGAGAUGAGCUUGCUCACGGCUCUCUUGCCCAUACAUUAUUAAUACUGAACGCUGGUUUGAUGAAACUUAUAGCAUCGUGUCUGUCCAGUGAUGGACAGGGAUACAACUGUGCAGGAACUGUUGAUCGACGGUCUUUACUUUCUCUCUCCGAUUCUGCGGCGGCAGAUGCAAUAACUGCUCUCGAUGAACUCCGACAGCGCCUCAUAAGCGCAUCCACCCCAGCGCCUAAAUCAGCAAUGAUACCUGCGGGACAGAAAGAGAGACAACGCAGUAGAUCGUUGUCCCGACAGAGGUCAGGGAAGAGUAGUAAAGCCGAAGACAAAUGUCGACCCCAAAGCGCUGCGAGACGGCCCACAACGACGACAACCCAAGUCAAAAAGAACGUAGCAGGAUCACCGCUGAAACCAGCUUCGAAUAUAGCGUCCAGCAACCAGGCGUUCAGGGGAAUGUGGAUUCGGUCGAGAAAGGGGUCCUCCAUAUCACUGGCAACAACAGCGGUUACAAGCCAGCACCCAGCACAGCAAGCUCCAAAAAAGCUGCCAAAUAUGAUAAAGCAAUGCGACAUGGAGCAUAAUCAGGGCCACCCGGCUUUUGCACAUCUCCAGCAACACAGGAGAUCCCCAAAUAACGAGGGAGACUUCCAAUUCAGCGGGCGGGACCACCGGGGACAACAGCUACCUUCCUCCAUCCGCACAACGGUCAUAAGUACUGAUAAUAGAAGAACGGCAGCAGCAGCAGCACCUUCUAUUUCAAGAGUGCUUCGGAAGGACAUGCCACCACUCUCCCCUCUUGUGCCCCUGUCACAAAACCUGCAACCACCACGUGGGAGGGCAGGAGCUGGAGGAUGCCCAGCAGUGGCGUCCUCAACGUCAGUGUCGUCUGGUAGCACAAAGCUGGGUGAGAUACCGAAUCGUGGGCGAUUUUCGCACUCCACGUCUCUACAACCUACUUCUUCACAGGCGCGGAAUUCCGGGCCCACAGGACCGGUUGUGGAGGUUGGGUAUCAACGGCCUAGCGUUGCGUUCCAUGCUGGAUUGGAGUACUGGAGGAGAUUGGCUGCGGAGGCGAAUGAGCGAGAAGGGGUUAAUGCUCGAAGGGGUGUAGGGGGGAAGAAAGUAGGAGGGGCUUUCUUUUAA